AUGCCAAACCAGCAGAAGAAGAUCAUCUUCUGCAUGGCCGGUGUGUUGAGCUUCCUCUGUGCUCUCGGAGUUGUAACGGCAGUGGGGACACCACUGUGGAUUAAAGCCACCAUCCUCUGCAAAACGGGGGCUCUGCUUGUCAAUGCCUCGGGGGAGGAGCUGAACAAGUUCAUGGGCGAGAUGCAGUAUGGGCUUUUCCACGGAGAAGGCAUAAGGCAAUGUGGGUUAGGAGCAAGGCCUUUCCGGUUCUCAUGUAAAGGAAAAAAGGAAAGACUUACUCUGUAUGAGGACAAGGUAGAGAAAGCAGUCUUCCCAGAUUUGCUGCAAGCCAUCCCCGUGAGCAUCCACGUCAAUAUCAUUCUCUUCUCCAUGAUUCUUGUCGUCUUAACCAUGGUGGGAACAGCCUUCUUCAUGUACAACGCUUUUGGCAAGCCCUUUGAAACUCUGCAUGGCCCACUGGGGCUGUAUCUCGUGAGCUUCAUUUCAGGCUCCUGUGGCUGUCUUGUCAUGAUAUUGUUUGCCUCUGAAGUGAAAAUCCACCACCUCUCAGAAAAAAUUGCAAAUUUUAAAGAAGGGACCUACGCCUACAAAACGCAAAGCGAAAACUACACCACCUCAUUCUGGGUUGUUUUCAUUUGCUUUUUUGUUCAUUUUUUGAAUGGGCUCCUGAUCCGACUUGCUGGGUUCCAGUUCCCUUUCACAAAAUCUAAAGAUACAGAGACUACUAAUGUGGCCGCAGACUUGAUGUACUGAAAAGCAAAUAUCUCCAUAAGUUCUCAGUAAGGGAAGGGACUUGCUUUGGCCACAUUUACAGAUGGUUAAUUUCAUCAGUGCGUUUGGACUCCUGAAGCACCAAGCCUGCCCCUCCUCCCUUAAGUUAUGGUUACAGGAUUCCGGCUGGAAAACAGUGGAGGCAGAGGGUGGUGGUUUCAGAAAGUUGUUUGGCCUGGUGGGAAAAUGACUAGAUGAACAGAUGUUUACUCCAUGUAACUC